AUGCCUCUCCGGCGACUGUGCCUGUGCGGCCUAUGCAUGUGCCUCCUCCUGGCCGUCGCCUUCGCUGGCGGACGAAGCCCCCGACCGCAAGAAGCCACUGUUUUGGCCCGCGGCGACUGCUACAAGACGGUGACCGGUGUGCCAAGAUCAUGUGCUGGGCAGUUGAUCCGGGCGCUCUUCUCCGGCGACAAGCACAUCAUCACCGACUACUGCUGCGGGCAGCUCGCCUGCGUCGGCGAGUCCACGUGCGCCUCCGCGCUCCGUGGCGUCUGCCCAUACCCGGAGAAGAAUCUGCCAUGCCCGCCGCACCAGGUUGACCAUGUCUACGACAGGCACGGCUAA